ACUAGGGUACGGAAGGGACUGCUCCCUGCAGACGGUGGCCAACCGGGCGUCAGGGAGGGUCUAGCCGAAUUGUCGCGGGGCCCAGAGCCCAGAAGCGUUGCUCCGCGUAGAGAGAGCACCAGAGGCCCCUGGGGUGCGCGGUGGGCGGGGACCCCACGACCCCCGCCCCCGCCCAGGUCUCCUUGUCCAGAUCCCUGCAGGCAGCGGUGGAUGGAGCCCCGCAGCCCGGUUCCCCCUGGGCUUGAGGUUCGUGCAGCAGCCAGGACAGCACUUGGAAGGCCAGGACAUGAAGGUCGCUGUGUUGGACCUUGGGUCUCUCUUUGCCAAAAUUUUCAAGUCCUCGACGGCGCCCCCGACGGUUCCCUCGCCGGUCGCCUCCCCCAGCCACUCGCGAGGCGCUGCCACCGCAGGGCCGGCGGGUUCCAGCGCAGACACCUCGCUGAGCACGGCCCCGACCUUGACCCUCUUCCCGGCCCUGGCGCCCGACUCGCCCUCCGCCUCACCGGGGGCGCCGCUCCAGCCUCUGCUCACCGCCUCCUACCCCCGGGUCUCGGUCGCCAGCCUCGCGGCAGAAGCACUAGGGAGCCCCCUCUCGCGGCCCAGUAGCCCGAGAGCAGCCAAAGUCCAGUCCUCACCCCAGCCGCAGCCGCAGCCGCAGCCCUUGGCUGUGCCCCCGGCCCCCUCCAGCGGCGGCUGCAGCGCCGCGGGCUCCCCCGCACACCUGGUGGCCGUGGCGCGGCCGCCCCCGGGCCCCGGCGGGGUCUGGGCGGCGCUGCCUUCCAUCGGGGGCCCCACGGGCGGCAGCAGUUUGACCGCGAGCCCACGGAACCCUCGCCCGCCUGGCCCCGGGGACAGAGAGUCCAGCGCUUGGGUGCCCCCCGGGCCCGGCCCCAAGACCCUGUUCUUCACCCUUCCGGGCAUCGGCGAGGAAUGGGCUUCGGACAGCAGCUCGGAGGACGGCGGGGAAGCAAGAGGACUGUCAGAAGGAUCUGGAAAGCAGAGUUUUGCUGAAAAAAGCAAAGAUCCUUUACCUACACAUUUUACAAGAAAUGUACAGAAAGCCAUUGAUAAAUACACCAGUGACUCCGUGUCAUCAUUUUCAUCAAGUGGCAGCCCCACACCCACAGAAGGCGCCAACUCUUGGUCUGGGUCUGGGACACAGAGUUCAACCACUGGCUUAUCUACGGAGAGGAUCUCCGUUUACUCUUGGAGAGAUGAUCAGCUCUCCGCCCCUCCCUGCACACGCCGAUGGCUCCGCUCCCGGGCUGGUUUUACACCGCGGUUCUCAAGGCGGCGGGAGGGAGAGAGGGCCGCGGGGACACCGCUCUGCAGGGGGGCCGGCUCCCAGCCUCUCGGGCCCUUUUCCAACAAGGGGCUGUUGGAAAUAAACAGCGCCCACCCGCACGCCCCUCCUGUCCACCUCCACUCACGCUCUUUCUCCGUUAAGUGCGCAGAUAGGAGGAAGGCUGAGGACCAGUCUUCAAACUGUCCGGAUUCUGGGAUUCAUUUAAUACAAAUUUCCACGUAAUUAUCCGGAGAGAGUCUUAUGACUUCCAUUUAUAGAAUUUAAAUUAAUCCAGCCCCUAAGCAUUAAAGUUUGCUUUGGAUUUGAAAACUUUUGUUUACUUUUUGAUAAUAUUUGCAAAAGCGACAAAACGCCAAGGAUAGGAAAAUGAAAAUUAGCCCUUUUCCCCACCCCAGCCCCUCAGUCCCCUCCUCAGAAGCAAACAUUCUUCUGAGUUUUCUCCUUAUUUGCUUUUCAAAAGAGAUACUUCAACUCCCCAGCAAUAUGGGAAUCUAGUUUAUUAUCAGUUUGGGGGAAGAAGUAACACGGAAGACAUUGAAUCACAUUCUGUGAAAAUCACCCUGAAUUGACCAUUUUGGAUCAGGUUUGUCAGGCUGAAUAGGCCCUUGGUUGCUCUCAGUUGUGAGUUAGAUUCAGUCUCAGGGCCAGACAGGAAAAAUGAAUACUCUGGCCUCAUCUCCUAAGUUACCUAAGGUUUUUGUUUGUUUGUUUCAUUGAUUAAAAGAAGAUGAACCGCCCUUCCUAUAAAAGCAAUUUUCCUUUUCAGUGUCAUGAUCAUCAGAAAAAAAAAUAGCUUGUAUUUUGCAGAAGGGUUUAGGUGUGUCACAGCGAUGUGAGGGACACGUGUCUGUGUACACAUAUGUGUGCACGUGUGUGCUUAGAUAUCUAGGUGUGUGUAUGCGUAUCUACAGCAACAUUUGCGUCAGUGUGUAUGUCUAUCCCUGUAACAUGUCUGUGUAAAAACCUGAAUAAGUCUCAUAACUGGUGUCAUAGAAAUAAUCUCAAUUAGUAGUUAAGGAAGCUGAGUCUCAGAGCGGGAUGUAAUUUAUCAGAAGAGUAAAAAUUGCAGCACUGGCAUAACUGGUUUUUAUUCAUGUCAUAGUCCCUCCUAUAUAAAUUUGUACAUAUCAUUGAUUCUGAAGCCCGUAUUUACAGCUUCUGGUCUUGUAAGUAAAUGUGCAUUUUUA